GAACCACAGGAAGUAGGUGCAGCUUCUCUCGACUAAAGCACGACUUUAGAAACUCAGAUGAUCAUAAGAAGAGAGACAGAAGAAGGAGAGAGACAGAGAAUCAUGAUGGUCCAGUUCAAAUGGAUUCAAAUGUCUUUAUUUGUGACAGCGAUGCUUCAGUUCACAGGAGCAGCUGAAAACCUUCCAGCCUCCUUCACUGUCACAGUUGGAGAUGACGUCACUUUGACUUGUGAAAAUGUGAUAAAGCCUCAGCAACAAUGUAACAGCACUACCUGGACCUUCAGUGGUUUAGGAAGCAAACGAACAGUAGAGCUGGUUGAACUUGGACAGAUUGGUAAAGAUGUCAAAGCUAAAGACAGACUGAGUGUUACAGAGAAAUGUUCUCUGGUUAUAAAGACGGUCACAGUCGAGGAUGUUGGUCAUUACAUCUGUCAGCAGUAUGAAUAUAGAGGAGCUCCAAAAAGUUCUCCAGACUCUGUGGUUUAUCUGUCUGUUGUCUCCAUGACUGAACAUCAGAACCAUGAUGAGGUGACAUUAAUCUGCUCUGUGUGGACAUAUGGACCAUGUAAACACACAGUGAAGUGGCUGUAUGAGGGUAAAGAGGUGGAUACAGAUAACGGAGGUGUAACUACAUCACAGUCUCUCUGCUCUGCCUCUGUGACCUUUCAGAGAACUCAGUCACUUUACGAGUGUAAAGUGACUGAUGGAAACAAAAAACAGCUGUUUCCCUUCAGACUUCAGUCAUCAGGAAAGAAACCAGCAACAACUGAAUCCAGUGACACCAGCAGAACAGAAAGAACCAACACAGGUUCUGGGACCGAUGGCAGUACAUCAGAGCUACAGAGAAUUGGGUGGCGGUGCAUCAUUGUGUCUGUGGGUUUGUCAGCACUCUUAAUAAGUGUCGUUACAGUCAGCAUGUGGACGAGAACUAAAGGGAACAAAACACAGAGGCAAGAAAACAGGCAGCAUGAUGAUGAAGAUGAAGAUGAAGGUACAGUGGUGUAUGAAAACACUGGAGAGCCGUCUGCCUCCGUCAGACUCCACUGAUCACCAAUAUCAACUCACCAGAGAAACGAGUCCACCGCUGUUAAAUAUCACCUCGUCAUAUUUCACAUGAGGAGAUAACAUAACAUCUUUUUAAGAGUUAGACUGAACGCAUUUGCUUUUAUUCAUCAAUAUGACAAAUGUCUUUUCUGUGCCAAGCUCUCUGUGUUUUAGUCUGAGCUGGAGUAACAGGCUGGAGUCAAACUGGUGGACGAGGAGUUUGACUCUUCAGCUGUUCAUGUGUGCUGUAAACAUCAUGAAUCCUGUCUGUUUUACAUUAAAGGAUAUAAAGAUCAGU